CCCUCUGUCCAACUCUCCCUCUCUUUUCUCACUUGUGUGAUGAACAAGCUGCUCGUUUACUGUGAAGUCCAGCAGUUUGAAAACAGGCAGAAAAUCAAAGAAAAUCCACCAUGACAUAACAAACCUCUCUCUCCCUCUCUCUCUCUCUCUCUCUCUCUCUCUCAGUGAUGAACAAGGGUCAGUGUGUGACAAAGUACUACCGGUUUAUCCAGAAGAACAGCGGUUACAUCUGGAUCCAGUCCAGCGCCACGUUGGCCAUCAACUCCAAGAACCCCACCGAGAAGAACGUCAUCUGGGUCAACUACGUCCUGAGUCUUCAUGAGUUUAAAGACACGCCCAUGGACAUCGCCCAGCUGCCCAACCUACCCGAGAAAACCUCCGAGUCCUCCGAAACCUCCGAGUCCGAGUCCGAGUCCAAAGAAAACUCUGGUAGGUGGGAGAGGAAAGAAGAAGUGAUAUAUCAUUGAGAGAGAAAAGGGUGGAGGGGAUACAAAGUGAAAGAAGAGAAAGAAAGAAGAAACCUGUAUGAUUCCUUCUUCAUACAUUACCAGUUUGAUAACCAGCAGUUGGAGAUAUUCAGCCAAAGAUGUCCUAUCAUUUGGUGCCAGUCUGCCCGGCUGGAUGGUGAUGAUGAACGCCAACAGCUGCAGCGACUGAGCGCCCACUGGCAGCGCCACAAAAAAAAGAAAACACCAUAAAAUGACAUGAAGCAUCAUUUAUGUCGAACGCCACAAAAUACCUCCACGCGAGUGCACAAAAAGGCCACAAAGCACCGCAGAACAGCCUCCACAACACACACAAACGGUGACAAAAUCACACAUUAUGCAGCAAAACUGCCAACCAGGACAUGCUGCUGCUUCUCAACGUCUCAACUCCUCAGUGAAUGUGUUCUUAUGUUGGUCUGACGCUGCGUAGUUUGUAAAGCAGCCGACGACCUCUGGUGUCAUUCUCUCUAAAGUCCAGUUGUUUACUAGAUUAAUAAUCUGAAUCAUUUCAGUAGAAACAUGAACACUACAGGGACCAUGAGAAUUCAGAUCCAGAAAUACAAAUGGGUUAAUUUAAGAUGUGCGUCACCGACAUCUCCAGCGGCCAAUACCGAAGAAGACGAAGCUCACACGUUGGCCAGUAUAUCGUUGAAUUUAAACCAACACAGGGCCUCCACCUUGAGCAUAAUAUUAUCAAGUCCUGCAGCCUGUGUUGGCACGAUGAGAAUCAGUGCCAGCUGUUAUUCUAGCUGGAGGAGAACGAUUCUGGCACCCUGUCGGCUGUAAACCGACGCCAGCUGCUGCAGGAGGCGGUGAUUUAGCCGGGCUCCAACAGGCCCGAGGUGCUCAGGCUCGACAUAUUCUAAAAUGAGAAAUCCGGCCUUUGACCUUUGUUCUGUUAGGAUGCAAUCUGUGCAGAGCCAGAGAGGACACGAGGACAGGUGCCAAAAACAAAGUCUUUUUAUUUGAUUUAUUUCUUAGUGGUGCUAUGCAGCAUAAUAUCAAUGAUAUUAACUUAAAAUUAGACAGGUUUUUGAUUAAGUCCCACACACACCGUCCUCCGGCCCCAAAUACUUAAUAGUUCACUCCGGGACUGAAAAUAGUCCCCACAAAAUGUACUAUUUCCUGCUGUUGGUAAUUAAAAACUACUGCAGGUUUAAUGCAAAUGGCCGUCAACUAGGAUCCUUUUUCUUGGUGGACGCACAAAUUAAAUGCAGCUACGUGACAAAGCAACAGACAGAGCAAGUGACGUGGUUUUGUUGCCUAAAGCGAACUGUUGGUUUUUGUUUUGUAUUGUAUUGUACUGUUUUAUAUUGUAUGAUAGCCACAUAAAAGUGGUCUCUCUGUAAUGUUGACGGACCUUCCGAAAUCAGAUAAAAUAAAGGAUGGACCAGGUGGCAACCUCCGGUUCUGCCGAGUGAAGCCGAUAUGGAAGUG